AUUCAAAUCAAAAUUCGUGGGAAUCAACGUUAACGAUCGCUACAAGCAAAAAAAAUCUUUUUCGCUUUAUUCACCAAAACAAUGGGUUAAAAACACCUAAUAUUUAUGCCGAAUAAUGUAUAUGUUUAGUUUCCUUUUACUUUUAUUCUGCUCUCGACCUACCAGCGGAGAUUUGAUCGCGAAAAGUAGCAUCACUAUUUGUGAAAAUACAGGCGGCGCAGAUGAUCCGAUGAGUGUUGUGUACGAAAAAGCAUGUGAAAAGAAGCUUAUCGUGACGAUGUCAGUCCGCAGUGGGCAGGUAAGAUAAGCUGUAUAUUUUAAGUCUCACUAUGUGUUCUGUAAGUCUGCGUUUGACGAAGAGUUACAAACAUAACUGAAGAGCUACAAUCAAAGUAAUAACCUUAGGCUUAUGUAAAAUUUUUAAGAUCAAAAGUAUAUUCAGUAUUAUGCAAUCGCUGUAAAAAAGAUUUUCUUUUAUAAAGAGUAUUUGAAGGAAAAUGAUCAGGAGUACAGUGUAGUUUAGUGUAGUUUUCAGUCAUAAUUCGUUAACCAAUAGGACCUCUCAGAACUUUAAAUCUUUCGAAAGGUUUCAUCCUGUGUAAAAUUUAUCUUUAGAAUGGUACAGAGAUGCUGAAAACAGUGUCAAAUGUGAGCAAAGUUUAUGAUGAAGUUGAAAGGGAGCCAGCUCGCCUCUACAAUCCAUUUAUUAUUACACUCGCCAAGACGCCUGUCCAUCUAACAUAUCCUUAUUACUACAGAGGGGUAAGUGUGGAGCCAAUAUUUAAUAUUGUAAAUUUUGGGCUCAAAUUUGCUUUCUUCCUGCGGGAGAAAAAAAUGCACCUUCUUUAAUGUAUUAUUAUUAUUGUUGUUGUUGUUGUUGUUAUUUACUCGGGAUUUACCCCUUCAACAAGGCCUGAUAUAAACAUGGGUCCUGAUAACUUAAAAUGAUAUUUAAGAAUUUGGCAAAAUAUGAAAUUGCAGAUCCUUGCCAGUGAACUGUACAAGAAAAUAACAAACCAAGUAUUUAAUAAGCAGCCCUCAGAAUCUUUCUGGACUGAAAUAAUGAUUUGCACUGUUUUACUGCGGAGUCCAUGGAGGAGCUUAUUAUAGGUCCUCAUGUGUGUUCCUUGUACAAGAAAUAAAAGAGAUUCUGUGGGUACAGAUCGUUUGAGGCACUUGUCAAUUUGUCAAUUUGUCAAAAUUGCAUAGAUGUUGUUGUCACCUAUGAAGUGAUUUAGUCUAGCCAAGCUGCAAGGGCACCCAACGACUGUUUUCUGUAAAAUAUCUGUUUGGAGAAGCAAAUAUUGCCUAGAAUUUUCUGUUACUUGAGGACGGCUAAGAUUUCUAGAUGACCAUUACAUUCAAGUACAAUUUUUGAAUCUUAUCUAAUAUCUUCCCUACGAUUUUCUGAAGUUUAAUUUUAGCAUUUUAUUUCCCAAGUUAGGCUAUUUUUCGUAGAAAAAAGGAAACCUAAAAUUUUCAGAUUCAAAAAUGUGAUGGAGAAAGGAAUUAGAAAAUGUUUCACUUUCGUAAUACGUCAAAUUUCAUCUAAAAUUUUUGGGAAAAUAAUACUCAAAGCCUUGAAAUUUCGAAAAGGCUCAAGUUCCCCUAGGAUGACCGAACAGAUACAAAGUUUACAGUGCCGCUUAGAAUGCUUUUCUAGAGAUCUAAAAGUAUUCUGGAUAGGCUAAAAAGUGUUUUCAAUGCAUUUAGGAGGAAACUGUCGUUAGUUACCCCUGAAGCUGUGACACUGGGUCUUUGACAGAUCCUUCUCUUAACACAACCCUUGCUGUUCUCUUUUGAUUCCUUUCAAGUUUCGCUCCUAAGGUAGACCCCACACUGCUCCUGCAGAUAUCACAAUACUCCAAAAUUUUGAAACCAGAAGAUAUGUUUCUGAUGGGGACUGAUAUGCCCAUAGUUAAGGUGUUCAAUGGAAGCAGGUUUUGAUUUGUUAGUUUCAGGAACUUGCUGUCACAAGUUGCAGUUAAAAUUGAAUAUUAGCCAGAUUGUCUGGUUCUUUAUCUUUUCAAUUAUGGCAUGGAAUCGUAUCAAUUCAGAAGUAAAUGUUCUGCAGGCCUCCACAUUAUACUUCUAUUUAUUUAUUUAUAAAUUAUUUAUUUAUGAACUUGCUCUUAAUUCACUUAAGACUAAAGUGUUUUGAUUCAAACCCAUACCAUGAUAUUGGUGAUCAAACAGCCCUGAUCUGCCACAUUCCUCUUCAUGAGGGGACAGCUUUUUUCCCCCUAAUUUUUAUGUCAUUAUUAUUGUUAUUUCAUUCAAGACUGUAAACAACCAACCGGUAGAGAAAGUGAAAAUCAGUAAUAAUGGUGCCCUUGCGACAGGGUCACGUAAUCUCUGUGAUGACAUGUGGGGAUCUGACGAAUCUACAUGUGGCUUUGACAAGGAUGCAGAUGGUAAUGCAAUAUGGGAUAGUCAGGUAAAACGGAGAGUGCCUCACUCACUACAUAAAAUGUCUAGAGUAGUGUGUUAUUUACGUUAGUAUUCCAUUUCCCUACCCUUUGAUAUACUUUACAGAGGCGGCAGAGUGUUGUGAAACGUGGGGUGGGGGGGAGGGGUCAUGUUUCACUCAGCCAUACGCAUACCCCUACUCAAAUUUUCCAAAAUGCCCUUGGCAUUGAUCGUUGGUACAAGCAACCUUGUAGACCCUCCUGCCCCUACUCUGCCGCCUGUGCUUCAACUAGUUAAGUCUCUACCUUUUCGAGCAUAGCCUCUCAGCCCUGGAAACGUCGUAAUAGGGAGUGCCUCCCCCAGGGGGUUCAAACCAUUGACCGUUCAGUAAUCAUUACCAAUUUUCUUGUUGUCAAUGAAGGGAUUUUGCUGCUGGUGCAGUGAACAGGACAAAUGGCGAGGCUCGUUUGGGGAUGAAACUCCUUUCAGUCGAGCAGGGCUUGCCUGCAAAGUUUUCACUAAGGCCCAGGCUGCAGCUCACUGCAUGAAAUAUGAUGACUUGUGGUAUGUAGGUUGUUUAUCACCGCUAAUAGAUAGCAGAAUAGAAUUCAAUAGACUACAUUCUGAACGCGGCUGACUAAACACACUGCAUAGGACAUGUAUUUUCUUGGAAGAGUAGGUAUCGUCAUAAACUGCCUGCCUUCCCUUAUAACCCGUGCCUGGCGCUCCUCGCUCGCUUCACGCUUGUCUUCGCUCGUGUAAAAAUAAGCUGGGAUCAGGUGGUCAGGCGAUCCUUUUUUCCCUUUUUGGGGGAGACCUAAAAAAUGCGAAAAAAUAACGACUGUUCUGCGGGCUAGUAUGGUCAAAACACUGCAAGUCACUGAGCGUAACUGAGUGUGAAGUGCAAAAGGGCAAUGUUUGCUGGAGCGCUUUCCAUUUGCUAGGAAGUCCAGUUAAAAUGAAAGAGUCCUAGUGAUACUGCUAAAUUCCAUGCACUGAAGAUAGAAUUUCAGCUGCAAAAUUCGAGUUUUCAAUCGAAAAAUAACGUAGUUAUUGGGACAAACGCGCCAAAAUAGACUGUAAGAGCCGCUGGACUGACUUGGUUUGACACACGGUACAUGCUGGAUUAUACGAGCAUUCCGACUGGAAAGGAAAAAAAGGAAUACUCAUGCUUAAUACAUUUGCGAAUUCCCGAAUUUCUAUCACUUCCGGAAACGUUUAAACUCAAAGGAUCUCAGGGAGUUGUACUAUUGCUUCCUAAUGGUAGACGCUUCUUUUUCUAUCGAUGAUUUUCUAUGUUUGUUAGUUUGUUUUUAUCUUAUUUUAAUUUCAGGUACACUGUAAAUGAACUGGGAAGGUGGGAAAUGGAAUUUGGGAUUCAUGUGAAAACGUAUGAUCAAGUGACGACAAAGGUGGGAAAUAUAACCAAACCUAAGUGGGUCCCUGGUGGGGAGAUUGUCAUUGGACCUCAUGUACGGAUGGGAAGAGGCAAGUACGGUAGGGUAAGUCAGUUAUUGUCUUGAAUUAGCCAGCUCCCAUCCCUGGUGGACUUAAUUCACUUUGCCAACCCAAGCGGUGGCACAAGCGCAUUUGCGUGUGAACUAGGCGAAUACAUGAUGUGAUUUAACUUCAGGCCUCCUUGCUUUAGAAUUAAAAAUAAGAGUUUUAAUGCUUUCAGGUGGGGGAAAAAACAAGUAACAUCUUCUGAAAAGAUUUUAGGAGGGUUAAAAGCCUUUUUAAAGUUUGCAAAGGUUUAGAAAGGUCUCUGAUUUGAAAAAUAUGUAAUUAAGUUCUGAAAGUUAAGUUCUUUUACCCGUCCUCAUAGACCUAAGGGGUUUGAAACGGUUUUGGAAGGUUUAAAACAGAGGCUUUCGAAGGACUUGAAUUUGAAAUAUUUCUUUAGGCUUGAAAAGCUGUUAUUUCAACUCACUGUGAGUCUUUGGGUUCUCUACUGUCUUGAUGUUAAUAAAGAAGAGAGUAACAAGGACAGUGAAGUAAUUCUAACUUCUCUUACAGCUUCUUGCAAGUUAUAUCGGCGAGUUCCAGACCCACAGGCAAUUUCCAACCUUGACGGAAAAGUACCUUCUUAUUCCAUAUGUCAGUGCUAAAAUUGAUCCCAAGACACACCCACAGGUGUUGGUAAGAAAAAGUGGAUGUUUUACCAUCUGUUUAACUAAAUUUUUACAAUUACUGAGCGAUUUCUCCCGCGCUUAUUGGUCGAGAGCUUAAUGUUCGAUAAGAGUACAGACAGUGGAAAUCAUGACGUGACGGUGGCGCAACUUGUUUUUCUGUCGCGUGAUUUUCCGAGGAACUUCAACGGAAAUGGACGUCAAAACUGACAAUAAUGAAUAUCAUUGUAAAAAACAAAUCGACAAGAAUAAUUUUACAUGGACUGCACUCUUAUCGACCAUAGAAAUGACGUCAAAAUGUCCAAAACUCAAGUGGAACGACGACGCCGCAAAGUUUUGAACAAAAAACUAUUUCUAGACUGUUCACAGUCCCCUAUUUUUCCGUAUUAAAGAUCCUCGAAAACGAGCACUGCAUGCAGUACAGCCGGCGAUAUUAGGCUGAUUUAGCAACAGAACGGGAACGUCAGUUGACGACGGCGCGCGCAAAUCAAACAACUGGCUUGACCAAUGGCUGAGCGGCAAACUGGGCACCGGGAGUAGAGUUUAGUCCUUUUCGCGCGCUUUGCCGUGGUCAAAUGACGUUCCCGUUUUGUUGCUAAAUCAGCCUAUUAUCUAGUAACCCCGAUGCCCGCCCCUUAGGUACAUCUGAAACAAAUUAUCCAAUUACAAAAACGGUCAGCGACGGUGAUUGUUUGAUCUCGACGAUCUUGAGGAAAAAGAGAGCACUGUUUAAAGUCUAAACCUUUUCUUUUUUAAAAAAUUCAUCCUGCAGGGAGGACCAAGCGAUUACAUGAUAAUCGACAAACACGAAGUGAACUACAAACCGACCGGCCCUCAUGAGUGUGACAAGAUUGGUGUUACUUACACGGCCUUCAGGAAUCAACAACCUGCAGGCUGCCACCAGAAAAAGGGAUCGUAAGUUCAUUACGCGGAUGAAGAAAUAUGAUGUGGCACGAUGACGUUUCAUAUUAACAAAGCGCAAACAAACUACUAAAUUCUGAUCGUCUUUGUAUUGUCCCGGAUGUGUAUUAACUGACCUUGCGACGCUUUGAAAAACCGGUCUCAUUCUUGCCGCACUUUCUCGUGGUGACGCGGGUGCCUGUGCGACAGCUUAUAUUUUCGCGUCGUAUGAAAUGAGAUGAGAUAUAGAAUAUUAAGCACGUUAAUCCUUUCACUGCCAGAGUGGAUGUUGGAGUUUGUGAGGUAGUUCUAACUUUUACGUCUGUGGACAAAAUCUUAUAGAUGGUUCGACCAUUCAAAUGAAAUCUCUUUGGAAGUACUUUCAUGUGGUGUUAUUUGUUUUAAAAAAAUUACAAAAUGAAAUUUGGGAUUUUUUUCGAAUUUGCCUUUGGUCAUAUUUGGCAGUGAAAGGGUUAAUGUUUGUUUUUCUGUCUCUUUUCUUUAGAUGUUUAAAUAAUCAGCCCAGAACAUAUUUUUAUGAAGAUACGGUAAGUCUCAUAGAAACAAGAAGUGAAUUUCUUGCCAUCUCGCCAAUGUUUUAUAUUAGUGUGGCCCUGGAGGAGAUUUUUUUAUUCAUCUUGCUUAACAAUUUUGUCCCGCAGUUCACCGAGGCUAGUUCUGUUUCAUGGGAGUGCUCAAUUAAUUGCUAUUCUCGUGCCAACGUUGAAAAUUUCAACCAGUAAGCUCAGUCUUGUUCAAGGGGAUUCUAUUUCCUCUAUCUGUCUCAGUGAAAUAGUAUUUUGGGGUGAAAGCCUAACCAAGAUUUGAGGACAAAUCAGUUCUUGGAAGCUUGGGAAUUUUCAAAGUACUCUCUGUGUCCGCAGGCUCGUCGCACUCUUGGAAUGACCCCACUUCACUUUCCGGAGAGAUAUGGCAAGUUGGUUGGUGUUAAAAACCGUCCAAAGGGGGAUGAGCAGGAGUUCAUGCUGACAUAUGAGAUAGACGAGGUUAUGACGAGUCUGGUGACACUUCAGAUUAGUGCUGAUGACAUCAUCCUCAUUUACAACAGGUUACAAUAAAAAUUCCUCACUUUGACGCCAAUAGCGGCAGUAGCCCCACAGAUCUUAAUUUCACUCACCAGAGGCGGUGUUUUUUCUUGAAUCUCAUAAUACGCGUUCACAACGUCGCUAGAACUAGUAGAAGGUUACUCUCCAGGCCCCAGUUGUUGAAAAGGUGGAUAGCGUUAUCCACAUGACAAUUCACUAUCCAGUGAAUAAGUAGUCGGAAUAUCCACUGGAAAGAAAUUUAUCCGGUGGAUUGCGCUAUGCACAUUUGAAAAACUGGGACUUGGACCCAGUUCCUGAAAGGUCAAUUAGCGCUAAUCCAGGAUUAGGAUUUUGUUCCAGUUGUGUAUUUACCUUCCUAUGUGACCCUAUGUGUUACUUAGAGUAGCAUUUUCUGUUGUCAUUACUGUAUCUCGGAGUAAAGGCACGACAAUAGUUGCAUGACCUUAGACUGUGAACCUUGCUUAAAAUUUGGUUUAAUCCUGGCUUAAAUAUCUGAACAACCGCGGCCAGAGUUUUUAUGUCGUGACUCAGAUUACGUAAGCACAUCAUCUGAUAAACGCACUGUGUGAAUGACGCCCGUGGGCAGACUCCGCAUAUGAAAGGGGUGGGGAUGCUCGUCGGAAAUUUUGAAUUAAACCCCUAAAGGAGACUGAUCUGGGCGUAGCCUAGCCUUUUUUGGCCCCUAAAAGAGACCAAAAAAUAUACAUGUCAAAUAUAUAUUUUUUCGCGUGCAACCCUAAAAGAGACUUUCACGGCUAAAUAUGAUGGCGUUUUGCCCAGAACACCCUAAGUGAGACCAAAAUCCGAAAUUUACACCCCUAAGCGAGACGAGGAGCAUCCCCACCCCUUUCACAUGCGGAGUCCCCUCCCCCGGGGAGGAAGACGAUGUAAAAGAAGCUAAGAGAAAAAGGAACAAAUAAAUCUUGCAUGACAUGAGACAGCUCAUUACUAACUGAUUGUUUUAUCUGGCUUAGGGCUUCUGGUAAAAUCCUGAAAGCUUAUGCACAAGACUUUGAGGCUCUGUCGAAAGAUGGUCACUUGUAUGUUAUUGUUCAAAAUACUGGUUACGUCACUGCGGACUUCUCAGUAAGUGAGACCACAGGACUCCCAAGUUCAUAAGAAGAACCGGCCGUGAACAGACAGACGGCUAGUUGAUUCACACUCAAGAUUUAGAAAGAGAAACAUAAUUUCAACAUAAUCACAUGUCAUGAACACUUAUCGACUGAAUGAAUUGUUUCUUGUUUGCAGGUGGUGAUAUCAGAAUGCUCCGGCGCGAUAGGAAAAUUUCGCGAAAAGGUUUUGUCUAUAAAUCCUCAGAAAACUCACUUAUUCACGUUUGAUAUCCAUGCGUAUGACAUGAAAGGAGGAAGUCACUAUUGUGCUGGUAAGAAAGCAAAAGAAUUAAAACGGUAUUUUCCUUUCUCUCUAUGGAUUAAACGUCAAGACGACUUGAGCGUUAAUAUCAAUGAAAAAUUGACAUCAACUACAGCGGCACCCAGUGACCGUUUUCCGUAAAAUGUCUGUCCGUAGAAGCAACGGUUAUCGAGAAAUUUCCACACUUUGAAAACGAUGGCCCCUGACAUGCUGAGCACACUUUUAUAAUUAUUACCUUUACGGGUUAUAUUUAACAAUUAUACCACGAGCCUGAAUGGGCUUUUAGUCAAUAGCUCAUUAGGCCGAACGCCGAAUGGGCUAUUNCGUUUUCCGUAAAAUGUCUGUCCGUAGAAGCAACGGUUAUCGAGAAAUUUCCACACUUUGAAAACGAUGGCCCCUGACAUGCUGAGCACACUUUUAUAAUUAUUACCUUUACGGGUUAUAUUUAACAAUUAUACCACGAGCCUGAAUGGGCUUUUAGUCAAUAGCUCAUUAGGCCGAACGCCGAAUGGGCUAUUUACUCAGAGGCCAUGAGGGCGAGAGGAAUAAUUGUUUUAGUCAAAUCCAACUGGAUGGUCAAAAAUAUCGAGACAAAACAACUUAAACCAAGACUUUCAUCUUUUUUUGCCGGCAAAAAUCCGGCGCUUUUCGCUACGUAGUGGGCUAUAACAUGUAGCCUAGUAGUAGCUCAACCAAUCAGAACACAGCAUUGAUAAUAGACUACUAGUUGGAUUUUACUAAAUGAUAGUAUCUGCUUAUCAUUUAAGGUCUUUUUGUCGUCAUUGCUCAUGAAGGCUCUGCAAAUUUCACCACUUUUCAUUCUACUCGUAUGUAAUACACUGUUCUUAUAUGACUUGAAUAUGGAUCAAGUGAAGUCGAGAGUGACCUCAUCAUCCGGCAUGACUCACAAUGAAGAUCUCGCGUUUUUCAUGUUCAUAAUACCGGCCUUUUUUGUGGAAUAAAUUUAGAAGUAAAUGUCUUCUUGACCGAUAAUUGAUGACUAUACUGCUGCUAACAUUGUUUGUUUAAUUUACAGUAAAGCUGUUUGAUGCUCGUCAUAAAAUGGUGGACAGCGCUAAUGUCACCUUCACUACUUCAGCACCGUGUGUCUGUGCUGCAAGCUGCGGUUGUAGUGUGAGUAAUUGGCAGAUUAAGAAAAGAUAACGCGACGACGACAGUGACAACUGCGCGCUCAGGUCUAGAAAAGGGGUCAACCAAUGGCAGAGUGGCAAACUGAUCGUCGCUAGUCGUGUUCAGUCCUUUUCGAUGGCUUGCGCGUUCUAAUUUGACUUAAUUUGAGUUAUCUUUGCUGAAAAUGACUGUUCUAGUAAACGGCAAAGUGCAUAGGUAGCCCUUUACUGUUUACAGCUCCGUCCCCCUUUUUACGUGGUUUUAUUUAAUGGAAGCGCGAAAUGAUGCGAUUGUCUCAAAGCUCUCGGUCACCUGACCUGAUUUACGGUCGAGGAUCAUUUGCGGUCUAUUUGGGGAUCAUUUGCGGCCGGGAAUCAGACCAAAUCGGUCUGUAAUCGUACGAGUGAUGAACAGAGUCGGACAAGUGGGUAGCGGGAGUCUGAUUUGUUUAAUCACGAUUAUGAUUACGGACGGAAUUGGAUGACACGAAGUCCUGUUAACAAUCAAUCAUAAGUCACCAUAUCAAUAAAUCAUAAGUACCAUUGCCAUUUCCGAGAAAACAAAUUGCUUUCUUUUUUUGUGAAAGAGCAUUCAAUACUAACAAUCCAAAAUUAGGGAAAAUAACACUGACAGAGGCACUGCUCAAUUAUACAAAUUCGUCCAUUUUGGAAAAUCCCCAGUUUGGUCGGGUAAGUGGUUAUUGUGAAAACGUCUGAUUGGUGGAUUUAGCUGAGUGCACUAAAUAUGAUUGGCUGAUGUAACUGUCCGAUUACAGCCAACUGUCCGAUUACACGUCCAAUUACAACUCUACACAAUAACUGGAGGCAAAUUUUAGGAAAGUGUAGUAGUUAUGAUAAAUAUAAUAACAACGCUUUUUGUCAUCAGUGUUUAUGUUUAUGUUUUUUUCUCCUAGUGUUACGAGAGCGGAUUCAAAUGCGUAGAACGAGACGACAGAGAUUGGGACGAGGAAAAACCAACUGAUAGCGGCCUGGACUUGACCGGCGCUGUUGACAUCUGGACAAAAAUUAAAAACUAUGCCAAAAAAAUCGGCAAAAUAUUCAAGUUUUUCACUUCUCCUGGUGGUAUUGCAAGCAUUGUGGGAAUACUGGUGGGUCUAGGUGCUCUCAAGGCCUUUAUGGGCCUCAGGCGAAAGGGGGCCGCCGUGGCACGGUUUGGAAUGGGCGGGGUCAAGAAGGGAAAGCAUGAGAAGAGAGAUAACACUGGUCAGAUUAUCAUGGUGGAGUAUAAUGAACAAGGAGAAGAAAUUGAUCCUGUGACGUGAGUAUAAAGUUAACUGUAUUUUUCUUGAUCAUGUUUCCAUUCUGGAACGGUCUAAUUUGUCAUUGAUUAUGCUGAAAGUAGGAUUGAGUGGACACUCCUGGAAUCCUUGCAGAGGUCGAGGAACCAUCUUGAUACUGGUUCUUGUUGCACAGAAAACGUGGAAAGAAAAGUUAGACUUACGUCCGCUCAGUAUAGGUUCCGCUUAAUAGAGGUUUCACAUCUUUUUUUUAUAUCACCAUGACAGUCACACUAUUAUAGAAAGUCAGCUUUAUCUUUUUCAUGGAGUUUUUCGCCUUUAUCUUCUUAGCAAAGAAGUUACUAAGCCACGGAACAAGGCCAAAGAGUUUCUCUUCAACUUGGUUUUCUUCCUUUUUCUUCCUUUGUUGCUGUCAUUUAAACUCUGCAAGGCGAUUUUCAAAUGCUGCUGUAGAAAAAAGCCAGCUUCGAAAGAGGAAACAGAAGCCAAGGAUGAAGACAAGGAGGAAGACGAAAUACAAGGCCCAGAGGUAGAGAUUUUUAAGGAGAGGGAUAUCCUGAAAGAUGGGAGUCCACCCCGCCCAAGCAGCCAAGUCAGCAGUGAACAAAACGUGACAGGAGUCAAGAGAAGUCAUAGUAGUGACAGUAGCAGGGGUAGUUUAGUCAUAAAGAAAAGCAAACAUGGAAGUGAAGAUGAGGGUAUCAUGACUGAAAAUAGACGAGCUUCAACGAGUAGGAGAAUUAGCUGGGCGAGGACGGAGGACAAAACACCAUCGCAAGACUACAGAGAGGCGUCUAUGCAGGAGACUGAGCCAUCGGUAAUUAUCACAAAUUAAUCUUCACUCCCUCAUACUUUAAUCUCAUCGCGCCUAUCAGCCUUCUUCACUGGCGUUCAUUCUAGGGGCUUGGCCUUUUUUAGUUGGAACGGGAACUCUGUCGGGGGCGGAAGAACCGUAGCUAUAUAAAGAAACGAAAGGAAAGUAGUAUAUAGGGUCGCAGUAAACUUUUUUUGCGGAAUAAAUUAACUUUGGCUACUUCAAAAAUUUUUGUCUUAGUCCGUGUCAUGAAGAGAAGAGAAUCAAUAAGCGUGCUGGAGUAUUACAAUACCGUGGAAACUUGCAUGAUGUUUUAUUUAUUAAUUGUAUGGCUGAAUCCGAAGCGAAUCCUGUGUUUUGAUUGGCUACCUGAGCGGGCAAGAAGGGCCUAUCUUUCCCGCUCGGGAUUUCCCGCGUUGGUCCCGCAAGAGAAAAGGUCUCUUUUUGGUCAUAUAGUAUAUUAUUUAUUGACCAAGCUUGUUUCGUCAAGAUAGCUGGAUAUUGGACUGUUUUUUUUUCUUUUUUCGUUUUUAUUAACCUGGACUUCGUAUCCCUCCACAAAAGUGCAAAAGUAAAUUUGGCCAAUAUCCAGUCAUAUUGACCUCACGCUUGGUCAAUAAGCAUAUGUAACGCCUCAGUGACAUAUGAAUGACAUUCCAGAGAGCGCCCAACGAGUGUGUCCCCUUAAUUCUAUACAAUAUCCAAAAAGGGGUAAAUUGGUCCCUGCUAUACUACUGAGGUACGAAGCCAUAAGGCAAGGGCGCGACCUGAAGCAAACUACGACUCGCCUUCUACAGCCAUUUCCAAACUAACCAAAAUCAACAUAUUACAUAUGACAUUCGCUUCACGCUGAAUUUGUCAUUUCUAUUGCAGCCACCAGAAGACAUUAAACUGCUGAUUGACACAGUAGUUUAUCAUCAGUUUUACAACACAGAUGCUGUAGCUAGUGAACUCGAGGUAAAAGAAAAAAAUAUUAGGGUAUUAACUUGCAAAAUUAAUUCUUAGGAAACUAGGAAAGGUUGUUUUUUCUAAAAUGUGGCUUAACUCAUUCAGGGUUCUGUUAAGGGUAUUCGAGGGGUAGUAGCUUCCCCUCAAAAGAUACUCAGGUUGCCCCCAAAUAUAUUGUUAUCAUUACAGUAUAUAAGUAACUAGAGGUCAGUGCACAUGUAGUACUCCCUGUCUAAGGACACUAUAUAAAUGUAAAUGUAAAUGUCGCGAUUGAGAGGACAAACAUACAUGUCCUCUUUACAUAGCUUUCUGCAGUGGGCUCGGACAUCAGCAUACUAAGGGCGCCGAUGGCAGCCGCUAUCAGUCCAUAUAUGACAAGGAACAUGAUCACGAUUAAAAAAAUAAAUAAAAUACCACCGUAGCAUUUCUCGAAAUUGUGUCUCAAAUUGCACCUGAUUCCAUAUUCAUUUCAAAAAUCUUCCGGGGGGCAUGUCCCCGGAUUCCGCUAGGAAGCUCGUGGCCUUCGGACACGCGGGACUUCUCCCCCAAACGAUAAAUCCUCGAUAGAACACUGUCAUUACAAACGAAAAUUUCCGUCGUGCUUGUUCUUAACGCGGUUCAUUCAAAAGUAUUCCCUAUGUUAUUGGGCCAGGGAAGCAAAACUGGCCUCCACAUCGUUUUUCCUCGCGUGGCUAAUUGGAAACUAUUUUGCUACCGUGACAACUUCUGUUCCUGUUUGUAGCCAGGCCCUUAUGCAUGUUUUCGAAACAAAGCAAAAAAGUAUAUUUUGGCUGGUGAGUCUUAAGAAACUUAGAUAUUUCAUACAGUGAUCCAAUCUUACUGGAUUGGACUGAAUGAAAUUCUCGUAGCAGGCACCAAGGGCGAGAGAAAAGGUGUGGAUAAGUCACAAGUUGAAGGGAAGUGUCGGGAUAUGUCUCUAAGCCAACCAGAAAUUAAGGGUAUCACCGUAAACAUCGUCCCGCGUCGUGCUACGUUUUCCCUUACCGCUGAUUUCUGAUUGGGCGAUUCGAGUGUUCUAUCAAGAUUAUCUUUAGAUGGCUUGCGGAAAUUUUCGGUAUAAUCCAAGUGUCAAGUGAAUGAAAUAAAAGGUGCCGAGUCGUAUUUGCAGGGGAAAGUUUCCUGUAGCAAACAUUUCAUCUUUUUAAUUUCCAGGUUCGGUUGGGGAAACUGUGAACGCGCAGCACAGUAAAUCAAUGAUAUCACUAACUAACAACUCUGUUCUGUUCUGAUUGUUGGUUUUUUUGUUUGCUCUCUAUUAGAGCCCUGGGGAGCAGUUUAGCUUAGCUGGUAAGAUAUCCUGUAUACCACGUCCUACGGGCAUUCAAUAUCGAUUUGAUCUGCUGAUGGCCUUACAGGUAAGAAAACGCCUUAUUCAAAUGUUACUGAAUCAAAAAGCUAAAUAGGUUAAAUUUUGAAAACUGACAAAAAAUAAAUAUGACCAGGAUUCUGGUGAUUGUUGUGAAGUGACGAUAUAGUGAAAAUAACUAUUUUUUUUCUAGAUUUGUGGUAAUGUGGAAGGACAGCAGGUGUUACUGAACACACCGAGAACCCUUGAACCUUAUCUAUUCUCCAAACUGAUGACAGUGCGAGACAUACGAGAACGAAUUACUUUACAACCACAAGCGCCUUGCCUAAACCUCAAGUAA